AUGGCUCCUGUUCACUCGCUGCCACUGAGCCUGCUAAAUCCAGUUCAGGCUGCUCCCAGCACAGCCAUGACGGGCCAGAGCCAGGACCCAGACCUGAAUGAGCAGCAGCGCGGCCCCGCAGACGAGGAGGGCGACGAGGAGGAGGAAGGCGAGCAUGUGCGCGUGUCGGUGGAGAGAGAGGACAGACAGCUGGAACAGGAGCCCGAUCUGGAUCUGGACAAAGAGGAGAAGGAGGAGCUGCCGUACCCCACUCUGGCCCCUGUGGUCCUCCUGGCUCUAACGCAACAUAGCCCGCCCCGCUCCUGGUGCCUGCGAGCCGUCUGCCACCCAUGGUUCGAGCGUGUGAGCAUCCUGGCCAUCCUGCUCAACUGUGUGACCCUAGGAAUGUUCCAGCCCUGUGGACACACCCCCUUCUUUCUCCAGGCCCUGGACGACGGCAUCUUCAUCUUCUUUGCCGGGGAAAUGGUGGUGAAGAUGGUGGCGCUGGGGGUCAUAGGUCAAAGCGGUUACCUUGGCGACACGUGGAACCGACUGGACUUCUUUAUUGUCAUAGUGGGGAUGCUGGAGUACUCUCUGGAUGGACACAACGUCAGCCUAUCAGCGAUCAGAACGGUUCGAGUGCUCCGCCCACUGCGAGCCAUCAACAGAGUACCCAGCAUGCGUAUCCUGGUCACCCUCCUUCUCGACACUCUCCCCAUGCUGGGCAACGUGCUGGCGCUCUGCUUCUUCGUCUUCUUCAUCUUUGGCAUCGUCGGCGUGCAGCUGUGGGCAGGCCUGUUGAGAAACCGCUGCUUCAUGGGCGAUGACGUCAAGAUGAAAUACAACGUGACCUUCCUGAGUGGGUACUACCGGCCCGAGGUGACAGAUGAUCACCCGUUUAUCUGCUCCACUGAGCGGGAGAACGGGAUGCUGCGUUGCUCCGAUGUGCCCCGGCGGCGUGUGGCGGGGACUUACUGCUCCCUGAACGCCGAUGAGGCCCAACCUGAGAUGAGCCUGAGAACAGACCAGCCUGCGCCAUGUGUCAACUGGUUUCAGUAUUACAACGAGUGUCGCGCCGGGGAACUCAACCCGCACAAGGGAGCUAUUAACUUUGACAACAUUGGAUAUGCAUGGAUUGCCAUUUUCCAGGUGAUCACGCUGGAGGGCUGGGUGGACAUUAUGUACUAUGUCAUGGACGCACAUUCUUUCUACAACUUCAUUUACUUCUUUUUCCUCAUCAUAGUGGGCUCCUUCUUCAUGAUCAACCUGUGCCUGGUCGUCAUAGCAACCCAGUUUUCCGAAACAAAGCAGAGGGAGCAUGCCUUAAUGAAGUCGGAGCAGCGCGCCCGGCAGCUCCACCAAUCGGCUUCCACGUUGGCCAGCGACAGCCAACCGGGGAGCUGCUACGAGGAGAUCAUCCGCUACCUCGCUCACCUGGGACGGAAGGCAUGGCGCCGCCUGUCCCGCUGCCUGGCCUUCGUGAGCGUGCACGUGCAGCGGGUGUGCACGUGUCUGAAGGAGCGAGGGGGUGGGGCCAUGAGGAGGGGCGGGGAGAUGAACGGACUGGCCCACCGGCACUCGGGCCACGUCCCGAACGACCUGUCGCAUCUGCAUCAGCUCUAUCACCACCGCCACCAGCAGCACAACCAGCCUAACGCGCCUCCCGCCGAGCCCUCCGUCGGUAAUGGAGGAAACGGCUACAAUUAUCCCAUCAUCUCGCCCCUCUUGAGUCACGCACAUGCGAAAGCCCAGGAGCAGAAGAGGCCGGUUACCGCGGAGACUGUCAACAAACUGCCCCAGCUGGUGUUGGAGCACGGUGGGCUGUCCGGACAUCCCGCCUUAGCCCUGCCAGGAGAGAUCCCGGGAGACUCCUCCGUGUGUCCCUACUGCUACUACAACAAACUCGAAGACGGCGAGCACGAACACCCGGAAAACACCACCCACGGCAACCCCACCAGCUACCACGGCAGCAGCCCCCCGUGCCACUGCGCCCCUGUCGUCGACCCCGUCCCCGCCGCGCCCAAGCCGAAGAGACGCUUCCUGCUCCCCCGCUGCUGGACCCGGCUGCGCACCAAACUGGAGCUCAUCGUGGCCAGCCGCUACUUCAACCGCGGGAUCAUGAUCGCCAUCCUCAUCAACACAUUGUCCAUGGGCAUCGAGUACCACGAACAGCCACAGGAGCUGACGGACGUGCUGGAAAUCAGUAACAUGGUGUUCACCAGUCUCUUCAGUCUGGAGAUGCUGCUCAAGCUCCUGGCUCUGGGCCUCUUCGGAUACAUCAAGAACCCUUACAACGGCUUUGACAGCAUCAUCGUCAUCAUCAGCGUGUGGGAGAUCGUGGGAGAGGCGGAGGGAGGCCUGUCCGUGCUCAGAACCUUCAGGCUCCUCAGGGUGCUGAAGCUGGUCCGGUUCCUGCCCGCGCUCCGGAGGCAGCUGGUGGUCCUCAUGAAGACCAUGGACAACGUGGCCACCUUCUGCAUGCUGCUCAUGCUCUUCAUAUUCAUAUUCAGCAUCUUGGGCAUGCAUCUGUUCGGCUGUAAAUUCGGUUUGCGUCAGGAGACCGGUGACACAUUACCGGACAGAAAGAACUUCGACUCCUUGCUCUGGGCCACCGUCACUGUGUUCCAGAUCCUAACACAAGAAGAUUGGAACGCGGUGCUUUAUAAUGGCAUGGCCUCCACCACUCCUCUGGCUGCUCUCUACUUUGUAGCUCUCAUGACAUUUGGCAACUACGUCCUCUUCAAUCUGCUCGUGGCCAUUUUGGUUGAAGGAUUCCAAGCAGAGGGGGACGCCAACCGGUCCGAGGCCGAUGAAGACAGGCAGUCUCUGGGUUACGAGGAUGAGGAGAAGCUGAGGGAGCUGUACGCUGCAGAACUGAAGAUCCAGGCCAUGAUCCUCACCCCUAACGGCCUCCUGAACCCCAAAGCCUCCAUGCCGCACAUAGCCCCGCCUCUUCCUGUCAUCACCCACACCGCGGCCACGCCCAUCAUGAACUCCAACCAGUCACGACGACCCAGCGGAACCUCAGCGGACUUCAGCAGCCUGGAGCAGAGGUCUAUGUCUCCAUGGGACAGUGGUUCUGAAAGCCGGCGCUCCAGCUGGACCAGCAUGAGCAGAGGGCCCAGUCUGCACCGCAGGAGUCAGUCUGGAGAGAUGGAGUCUUUGCUCUCAGACACACACAGCUCCAACCCCAGCAGCCAGGAGCACUCUCUGGACCAGCCCGACUACCUGCAGGUGCCCCUGCUUCACCCGCCAGACUGUAACGGCACGACCUUUCACCUCCCGGACCACUGCUAUGACGACACUGUCCCCACACUGCCCUUCAGCGACCAGGAGGAGGAGGAGGAGUUUGAGGAGAGUUUCGGGGUUAAGCUGAAGAGAAUGGUGGAGCCGUAUGAGCCGCAGUGGUGCCGCGAUCAUGAGGACUGGUCUUUGUAUCUGUUCGCUCCGCAUAACGAGUUCCGAUUGUGGUGUCAGAGGGUGAUCACGCACAAGCUGUUCGACCACAUCGUUCUCCUCUUCAUCUUCCUCAACUGCAUCACCAUUGCACUGGAGAGACCGGACAUCCAGGCCAACAGCAUGGAGCGGGUUUUUCUGAGCGUGUCCAAUUACAUCUUCACUGUCAUCUUCAUCGGGGAAAUGAUGAUUAAAGUGGUCGCUAUGGGCCUUUACUUCGGCAAAGGCGUGUACCUCCAGAGUUCUUGGAACGUUCUGGACGGCCUCCUGGUGUUCGUAUCCCUGGUGGACAUCCUGGUGUCGAUGGCAUCCGCCGGGGGAAAUCGAAUCUUGGGCAUCCUACGGGUCCUUCGCUUGCUCCGAACUCUGAGACCACUGAGAGUGAUAAGCCGCGCGCCUGGUCUCAAACUGGUUGUGGAGACGCUGAUCACCUCUCUCAGACCGAUUGGAAACAUUGUCCUCAUCUGCUGUGCAUUCUUCAUCGUUUUUGGCAUUCUUGGAGUUCAGCUGUUCAAAGGGAAGUUCUUCCACUGCGAGGGCCGGGACCUCAGCAACAUCACCAACAAGACCCAGUGUCUGGAGGCAGGGUACCGCUGGGUUCGCCGCAAGUACAACUUCGACAACUUAGGACAGGCCCUCAUGUCCCUUUUCGUCCUGUCGUGCAAAGACGGCUGGGUCAGCAUCAUGUAUGACGGGCUGGACGCGGUCGGGGUAGACCUGCAACCCAUAAGGAACCAUAACCCCUGGAUGCUGCUGUUCUUCAUCUCCUUCCUCCUCAUCGUCAGCUUCUUCGUGCUCAACAUGUUCGUGGGCGUGGUGGUGGAGAACUUCCACAAGUGCCGGCAGCAGCAGGAGGAGGAGGAGGCCCGGAUCAGGGAGGAGAAGAGGCAGAAGCGGUUGGAGAAGAGAAGGAGAAGAGCCCAGGAGAGACCCUACUACGCCGACUACUCCCCUUUAAGACGCUCCAUCCACUCCCUGUGCACCAGCCACUACCUGGACCUCUUCAUCACCGUCAUCAUCCUCACCAACCUGCUGACCAUGAGCAUGGAGCACUACAAUCAGCCUAAGUACCUGGAGGAGAUCCUCAAAUACUGCAACUACGUCUUCACCCUGGUCUUCGUCAUCGAGGCCAUCCUCAAACUCAUCGCUUUUGGCCUGCGCCGAUUCUUCAAAGAGAGGUGGAACCAGUUGGACCUGGCCAUCGUGCUGCUGUCCAUCAUGGGCAUCACUCUGGAGGAGAUCGACCUGAACGCGUCACUGCCCAUCAACCCCACCAUCAUCCGCAUCAUGAGGGUGCUGCGGAUAACGCGAGUGCUCAAGCUGCUCAAGAUGGCCACCGGGAUGAGAGCGCUGCUGGACACGGUGAUGCAAGCCCUGCCCCAGGUGGGGAAUCUAGGUCUGCUCUUCAUGUUGCUGUUCUUCAUCUAUGCAGCUCUGGGAGUUGAGCUCUUUGGAAAACUGGAGUGUUCGGACGAGAACCCUUGUGAAGGCCUUAGUCGCCACGCCACCUUUGACAACUUUGGCAUGGCCUUCCUCACGCUCUUCAGAGUGUCCACAGGGGACAACUGGAAUGGGAUUAUGAAGGACACUUUGCGGGAGUGCCGGCCCCAGGACCGCCACUGCCUGAGUUACCUGCCCCUCAUCUCCCCGGUGUACUUCGUCACGUUCGUGCUGACCGCUCAGUUCGUCCUGGUCAAUGUGGUGGUGGCUGUCCUCAUGAAGCACCUGGAGGAGAGCAACAAGGAGGCCCAACUGGAGGAGAUGGAGGAGAGAGAGGAGCGAGAGAGGGAGAAGGAGAGGGAGAGAGAGAGGGAGGAGGCGGCCCGCAGACACAGCACCACCUCAGUGGGCCUAGAGCAGGGCUCCAACGGAGACACACCUGCACAGGUGCCUGCGGAGGAAGAUGAGCGUUCCCAUGGCAACCUGCUGAGCAUAGGCCGCAUGCUGUCUCUCCCCAGCGACAGCCAUGUGCAGCCUCUGCGGUGCACCCCGUACCCUCCCAUUGGCCACGAGCCCUACUCCAAAUACAGCUACUCAGGCUCUGUGUCGUCCCUGGGUUCCAGCGGGGCCAGCUCUCUGCUGCAGGUCCCUGGAGCUCUGCCCAGCAUCAGUCAUGCGUCGCUGGGCACAGGCCGCAGCAGCAGGCCCAUGAUCUGCCUCAGCCCCUUCCAGAGCAUCGACCGCUGCUCCUCCAUCCGACUCAGCCCCUCCGACAGCGUGGAGGGCUACCGACUAAGCCCCGCCCACCGCAUCCACCGCCACAGACUCAACUCCGCCCACAGCAUCGACGGCUACCGCUUCAGCCCCACGCGCCGCAUCAACCGCCACCGCCUCAGCUCCACCCGCAGCGUGGACGGGUACAGGCUGGCACAGGACGGCGGGGGGGGGCGGCCGAAGCUCGUGUCCAGUUACAGCAUGGACAGACAGGGCUCUCUCAAACACAGCCCCACACACACCAGCAGCAGGAGGCCCCAGCGCUGGCUCAGUCCUGAAGACAGUCUGGACAGGAACAAGCUGAGCCCCUCCUACGUCCCUGAGCGCUCAGGGCCCCAGAGGCCCGCCUCCUUCCACACGACCGGACGACAGCUCCGCAGACAGGAGGCGGUGCGCAGUGACUCUGUGGAGCAGAGUGGCAGUACAGAGGAGCUAACAGCAGACACACAUCUGACUGUGCCCUCAGCCUCACCCCAGCGCAGACGCUCCUCCAGUGUGCACACGCUCAAGUGUGCCCACACCCAGAGGGUCAUCUCCUGUAGGAGCACCAGCACCAGUCACAGCCGCUGCCGAAGCUCAGAGCCCACGCCGGACGCAGCGGAGACAACACAGACAACAGAGACAGCAGAGGCACCUCAGAGCCUCAGUGUCUCUCACCCUGACUCUCCCCUCCCCAGCAGACUGAGCGCGCCCCAGCACACGCCCGAGGGAGACGAGACAGACUCUGAGGUCAGCCGCAUCACCAGCUCGGCCCACGCGCCCCCACACACGGGGGACACGAGCAGACACCUGCCAGGACGCCUCAGCCAAUCACUGUCCCCGGUGUCGGGCAGGAACAGGAAACACAGGGUCAGCCCGCCCCCCGACGACCAGCCCGUUACCAUGACCACCCAGCUCACGGACAGCAGCGUGGAGCUGAGGAGACGGACUCUGUCAUUUGAUGCCACUAGCCUCUCUCCCAACCCUCCUGAUGGCAGCUCUGUAGACGACUGAACUAGUCAUUUUAGGCUUCUCUCACAUCAUUCAUCCAAUCCCACGUGUGAAGUGGCUCUGACUUCGUCCGUGCAGCAGCACACAUGCACAAUCACGUCCUCUCCUCUCAUGGUCAUAGCUUUAGCUCUCACACACUCACAAACCAU